GUAGCUAUUCCGCUCGCCCUUCCACGCAGCGGCAGAGCUGGUCCAGCGCCGCCGCCGCCAGAGCUCUGCCAGCAGCUUCAGCUUUGACUUCAUCGCCUGCGGCGAGACCUAUUCGGCGAUUAUCUCGAUCUAUUCAUCUCUGGUAGCUAUUGCAUUUUUUGAAAGUGGAGAGGACCUCUGGCGCAUCUUUCCACCAGCACCGGCGUGUCUUCCCACCGGCGCCGCUGUCCCCCCGUGCUCAGCCUGCAGGCGGCAGGUCGCACCCGAUCUCCCAGUCCCUUUCUCCCAUCUGUGAGGGCUUUCCGACGAUCUGAGAAACAGUAGUUGUGAGGGAGGAGAAGAGGGAAUCGGCGUCGUCUCCAUCAAGAUUAACGUUUGUAGAGAUAUCAAGACAAGAGAUCUGACUUCUCUCUGACGUCUGGCGCAUCUUUCCACCAGCACCGGCGUGUCUUCCCACCGGCGCCGCUGUCCCCCCGUGCUCAGCCUGCAGGCGGCAGGCCGCACCCGAUCUCCCAGUCCCUUUCUCCCAUCUGCAGAUCCGCUGCUGCAUUUGCCAUCACCGACUUCCGCCCGUCACCCCCGGCUGUCGUUGCCUCCUUCACCUUCCCGCCAGCCCCUUUCUGCUCACAUCAGUCGACUGCAUUGACUUGUGUUGAGGAAGCACUGAUUGGGCAGAUUGGACUUCGGAUCUCCUCGGAUUUACAGUUUCGGGCAGAUCCACCGGUCUCACAUCGAAGCUGCGGCAGUCACCACCACCGAUUCAGGCGAACCUCGGAAUUCCAGAUUCAGGCGACCCUCGAAUUUCCAGACUGGGCUUCUCCGGAACCGCCGCGGAUCCAGUUUUCCAAUCAGACGCGCUCGAGGAUCCGGAUAUGAGGUAUCGGGCAGUCUAGCGACGAGGAGUUGCGGCGGAGGUGUGGCUAACGUCUGCGGCAGGCUGCAUUUUGAUUAGUUCCAAUUUAAGAGAUGGGAGAGGAGGUUUGGAGGGAGGUGAGGAGACGAGGGGCGGGGAGUAACGGAGCCGAUGGGAUGGUGACGAAGCAGCAGAACCAAAAGACUCAAAGGUUUUCGAAACUUUGGAAAGAUAGAGACGACAAUGAAGCACAAAGAGUUACAUUCUUUUUCAACAACAUUCCAGAAGAAUGUAGCUUCGAUUUUUUGAGGAGAAAGUUCGGUUCCGUGCGAGAACCGAUAGACAUCUUUUGUCCAAGAAAGAGAGACAAAAAAGGGAAGCCUUUCGGUUUUGUUCGCUUCGAAGACGUUGAAGAUAGGGAAGGUUUGCUGGAGCAGCUGAAUAAGUUGUGGAUUGGGAGCUAUAAAAUUAGGGUGUUCAAACCGAGAUUCGAGAGAGAAAUGAAGGUCCAAGGAAGUAAAGGGAAGGGAAUCAAAUCUGACGCGGGUAGAAAGCCGGAAAAAACAAAGGUCGUGCAUGCCGCAAAAAGAAUGAUGGGUGUUUCUUUUAAGGAGGUGCUCACUGGAUCAAAAGAAGGGGAGUCAGGAUCUUCGGAUUUGCUUCAGUUUAAAACUUCGGAUGAGGAAACACGAUGGCUAGAUGGAGCCUUCACGGGUUUCAUCAAAGAUGAAUUCUUGUGGGAAGAGAUUAAUGAAGAAAUCAAUAGCGAAUGUGCUGGGAAACUGAAGGUGACGACGAUGGGAGGAAAUUUGGUGUUGAUACGUAGUGUCUGCGACGCGCCAAUAGAAAAAAUUUUAACCGAGAUGGAUGAAUGGAGUGACUUCUGGUUUCAAUGGAAGAGGAAAUGGAACGUUGUGGAUGUGUUUCAACAACGAGUUGUGUGGACGAGGUGGGUCGGGAUCCCACUCCAUGCAUGGAAUCCUCGUUUCUUUGAGUUGGCAACUGCAAAGUUCGGUCGGGUGUUGAAGAUGCAUGAGAAGACGAAAGAAAAAGAAAAACUGGAUGUUGCUUUGAUUCAAAUAUCCACGGGCCUUAGAUCCAUUGAUCAAGUGACGGAGUGUUGUAUUAAUGGAGCAAGGUUCACGUUUCGCAUUGAGGAAAUUCACGAGAACCCUUUCUCUUCCAUGAUCGGAGAGCCGGAGUUAGAGGAUUCGGGAUCGGAUGUAGGAUGGACGAGCGGGGAGGAGUCCAUGGAUCCGGCAGCUGCAACCAUCGGAGAUUGGAACGAGAGCGGUGAAAGGGGUGAUGAUGUUUCGGUUCUCCAAGAAAUCAACGUUUCGUCUCGUUCAAUUCAAACCGUUGCAGACACGUUUGUCGAGGAAACCAAUUAUGAGGGGGCGUUGGCGGGAGGAUCGAAAAUGCUUUUGAAUUUGGUUGGGGCAGAAGGUGAGGGUCAACCACUCGUUAAGGAUGGGCAGAUGGACUGCCACGCUUUUCAUAGCCCAAAUCAGAUUUUAGAGGAACAGAAUUGGGCCGACUCUCAGAAGAUACAGGAAAAAAGCCCAACUGGUGGCUUUACUGAUGUUUCUCUUGAUGGGCCAGGAAGAAGCGUUUGUGAGAGAGGUCAUACUUUAAUGUCGACCCAAGCGCAAGGAGAGAAUAGAAGCGCUAUUCUGGAAAGGGAUCGAAAUUCAAAAGGAAAAAAAGGGAGAGAAAAGAAAAAGAAUAGAGUCAGGGAGAAAGAGAAUUGGAAACACUUCAUUUCAGAUUUAGAGCCAAUUGAUGGAAGUGGGGAGGAAGAGGCAGAGCAGGAAAGAGAGGGGGAGAACGAAGAAGGGCAGGAGACGACAGUUGGAGAGCAAAUUUCAGGUCAGCAGAUAUGGGAUUUUGGAAAGAAGAUCGGGCUGUCAAGUCGAAUUCCAGACGAAGAUGUUGCUCGACAGAUUGAAGUGCAAGAUGAAACAGACAGAUGGAACUGGAAUGCGACAACAGAUGGAUGCUUCACAAUUAAGUCGGCAUAUGAAUUUGUGGCAAAAACAAGACAGGACCAACAAGUUUUACCUUUGGAGAUGGCAAAGGUUUGGAAGGCCCCAACACCAAAUAAAGCCAAGGUGACGGCAUGGAGAUGUCUUAGAAACAGAUUGGCAACAUGUGAUAAUUUGAGUAGAAGAAAUGUCCAGAUCAGCGUGGAGGAGAGAUGGUGUAAUGCAUGUGUUUCUAGUGAGGAAACGACGGAACACAUGUUCCUCCAUUGCCCGAAAGCAGCGGCGGUGUGGGACCAGAUCUUUCAAUGGCUCGACAUCAAAACGGCAAUUCCGAGAGAUAUCUUUCAACACUUCAUUUCUUUCAUUGCGGCUGGAAAAAAGAAGAGAGAAAGAAGACUGCUUAAAGCUUUGUGGGUGGGAACAGUGUGGUUGCUCUGGGAAAGCAGGAAUGGUAGUCGUUUUCAGGACAAGGCUUGGGAUAUUGAUAGACUUGUCUUACAGAUUAAGGGGAGACUUUGGAGCUGGAACGAGGCCUAUAAAAUCGUGGAGAACAUUCAAGCGAUUCAGACUUUUGUCUAUAAACAAUACGAUAUAUUUUGA